AUGCCCCUCGGUCAGAGCACCAGCCCCGAGCUGAUUGGGAAGGCUGCCCAGCGGUCUGCUCUCCCUGCCUGGGUGAGAGCCAGGUGGCCCUGGCCUGGGAGGCUGGGACGGGCUGCUGACUGUCCCCCAACCCGGGCCCAGGGGUCAUCUGCAGCCAUGGGCACACGUGGAGGCAGCAGAGAUGCUUCUGCAAUGCUUCGGGAGCUAGGCCUAGGCAAGCUGGCACUGGACCUGCAGUUGCAGGGGGAGGCGGCAAAGCUGGCAGAGGCCUUCCACCAGGAGCAGGGUAGACCCUUCGACCCUCGGGUACACAUUGUCACGUCCACGGCCAGAGUCAUUGGGGCCCUCGUGUUUGGCCGCCACUUCCUCUUGGAGGAUCCCUUCUUCCAGGAACUGAUUCAACCCAUCGACUUUGGCCUGGCCUUUGUCAGCACCAUUUGGCGCAGGCUGAGCCCUGGAUCCAGUCUCCGCUACUACUGCUUUCAUUACUGUCUAGAUUACUUUGGGAGUGUGGAGAGUUUCCAGAUGACAAGCAGUCCUGGGAUGCCCAUGUCAGAGGUCCCAGACCACUUUGGUGCCCCCAGCACCAUUCUGAGCUGCCCUGACUCAGGGUCAGCACCUGAGAAACCCCUGGGUGGGCCUCUUCCCCCACAGCUAUAUGAUCUGUUCCCCUGGGCCUUCUGCCGCCUCCCAGGCCCCCACCAGGAGAUGUUUAGGUUCCAGAAGGCUGUGCGGGGCUAUAUCUUCUGCCAGGAUAUCAGCAGACACAAACUCAGGACACCUGAGGCCCCCAAGGACUUCAUCAGCUGCUACCUGGCCCAGAUCACUAAGGCCACGGACGACCCUGUCUCCACAUUCAAUGAAGAAAACCUGAUCCAGGUGGUGGUCGACCUGUUUCUGGGAGGCACCGACACCACGGCCACUACCCUGUGCUGGGCACUCAUCUACAUGGUCCAGCAUGGAGCCAUCGAGGAGAGGGUGCAGCGGGAGCUGGAUGCGGUGCUGGGUACCUCCCGGGCCGUCCGCUACGAGGACCGCGAGCGACUGCCCUACACCCGCGCCGUCCUCCACGAGGUGCAGCGCCUCAACAGCGUCGUGACCGCAGGUGCCGUGCGCCAGUGCGUGACCUCCACCCGUGUGCACGGCCACCCCGUGCCCAAGGGCACCAUCAUCUUGCCCAACCUGGCCUCUGUGCUCUAUGACCCUGAGUGUUGGGAGACCCCCCAACAAUUCAACCCUGGCCACUUCCUGGACAAGGAUGGAAACUUCCUGGUCAAUGAGGCCUUCCUGCCAUUCUCUGCAGGGCAUCGGGUGUGCCUAGGGGACCAGUUGGCUCGGAUGGAGCUCUUCCUGAUGUUUGCCACCCUCCUCAGGACCUUUUGGUUCCAACUGCCAGAGGGGAGCCCAGGGCUCAGGCUGGAGUACAUCUUUGGGGGCACUCGGCAGCCCCGGCCCCAGAAGAUCUGUGCCGUGCCCCGUCUGAACUGCCCCAGCCCAGAGCCCCUGUGGUAUAAUAAGAAAUGCAUUUGGUCUCUGUCCCUUGUUCCUGGCACAAAGCUCCUCAAACCCUUGGAAUUUCCCAAGCGACAGGAGUGCCUAUAG